AUGACGAGCUAUACCGAUGAAGUUGCGCGGAUCGAGAACGGCGUGCUGGAGGCGCUCGGCACUAGAACCAGCGUAGACGAUGUGGGGAGGGUGGCAGUGUCCCUCCUCCUCGCCCAGCCAUCUGAGGAGGGUGCAUCGCUGAAGCCGCUGUCGCCGACGCAGCACACCCUGUUCGGCAACGGUCUACAGGUCGUCGUAUCAUCGCUUCUUGAUGCCGCGUUGGAGGAGGGCACGCCUGCCAUGGAGUACAAGCUCAGCAGCGCUGCAAAAGUGCCGUCGCUGCGCCUCUUGCUGGAUGCCUCGCUGUCCCUGGCGCUGCAGGGUGUCACCCAUGGAGGCAUCCCUGCAGCCCUGCUGGAGCAGGUGUUUGACAGCCUGACGGUUGCAGAGUGCGAGGUCCCCUUUGCUUACCUCGAGGAGCGACUGUCAGACUUCAAGCAGCCAGCUGUGCGUGCCCGUGCUGCCCUCACCCUGCAGAGGGCCUGCAACCUUCUCAUCCACAGACUCAGCAAGAGUCAAAACUCGCUCUUUGCGGGUCAGCUGCUCAUCUUUCUUGCCAAACUCCUUCCCCUCAUGGAACGGUCUGGCGUCAACCUCCAGGGUGCUUUCCAUACGGAGAACUCUACACCAGUGGAGGACGUUGCGGAGGGUGCCCUUGACAGCCUCGGCAAGACCGUGGACGCAGAAUUCUACGGCACGUUCUGGUCGCUGCAGGCUGCCUUCUCGAACCCUCCUCAGGCAGGGAUUGAGUGGAGUGAGACAGCACGUGCCGUCAAGAUCGUUCUGGAGCGUCUGAAGAAGGACCCGGUGACCCUAACUGAGGCCGCAUCAGGCAGCAGCAUCAGUGCAAAAUACCUGAGCGGCAGUCGGUUGCUGUCCCUACAACUACGGGACGCAACCUUCCGGCGGCACUUCCUCGUCCAGUGUCUCAUCCUGUUCCAAUUUCUUGAGGCUCCCCAUGCCGCCAAACAGGCCUGGCCAGUCCUCAAGGGCCGUCAGAUUGAAGAGCUCAAGGCCCUCCAGGAGAGCGUGUACGAGUCACUGGCUUCUGUGCCAGAGCGAGGCCCCGAGUUCGCAGCCACUAUCCGCCAGCUGCUCCUGGACGAGUCCUCCUGGGCGGCUUGGAAGCAGGCAAGCUGUCCCAAGGAAGCGUUUGAACGGCCUGCUGCCGCGCCGCCUGCGGCUGCCAAGACCACGGACCCGCUGGGGCCCCCCUUCAAGCGGCGUAAGCCGAGCCGGGACGCUGUGUUCGGAGUGACCUUGGGCACAGAGGAGCUGGACAGGCUGUGGAAUCUGACCGAGGACAACUUGAGCGGUCUGGCUGCGGAGGACCGAGGUGGCUUCAAGACGGUCAGCCAGCUCAUGGAGCCGGUGCUGGGAGGAGAUGGACCGGACCCCGAGGCCCCCAGCCUGUCCAAGAGCACCAUGUACAGCUGGAGGACGCUGCGCAUGGUGGCACGCGUCAACCUCAGGGCGUUUGUGGCGUCCGUCCAGGCCAAGGGCGACCUCCAGGUUGCGGCCCGGAUCAUGUACCCAAGCCGAUGCCCAGAACCGGCAGGGGCGGGCACUGCUUCCAGCGGGGAGGCGCAGGAGGGCGGCAAGCAGGAGGACGUGGAGAUGGCGGAGGCUUCCGCCGCUCCCGUCGCCAGCCCCAGCGCGGGCGGGGGCCUGGCUGCGAGCGACGCCGGCGAUGGCGAGGAGGGCAGGUCGGACGCCGACGCGGGGCUGCUGGGUGCUGUUGCGGAGGGCGAGGCCGGCCCAGAGACAGCGAGCGAGGACGGCCAGAUCGGGGGGGGCAGAGGACCGAGGGGCGACGAGGCGGACUCGCCUCGCACCGGACCGAGUGGCGACGAGAGAGCGGGCAGUGGGUCUCCCGCCCCCGGAAGCCAGGCGGCUAGCGGCGAGGAUCCCUCUGGUCCGGCGGGCGACGCGGAGAUGGAGCCUUGA